CCACCAUUGUCCCCUUGAUGGUUGCAUUUCAAGGGUUUAAUGCGAGUAGCAUCGAGAUUGCGUUGAAAUACGGGAAGGCGAUGAUACUGCACCCGUAGCUCCGACCCGUCGCUCGUCUCUUCAGACUAGUUGGAAGCCAUCUUGUACUCCUGCGCCGCAGGCCGAAGUGGCCCAACCACUGCAACCAACACCCAUGCCCUUUCGUCUUGCUCCUCAAACACCAGUUGCCCAGACACCCCCUCAACCCGAAGACAGAUCAACAGACACAUCACCGACAGAAGCCAGUACCCCACCCCGAACGGAUCUCAGUCGACUGGGGCCAAUGCUACUCCCGAACAGACCGAGGCGUUCUGGAUAGCCAUUGAAGAGGGAAACCUAGAGUGUGUGAAAAAACAAGUCCACAACGGCGUCGACGUCAACGCCGCCGCCCAAGGCGGCAUUGGCCUCUCCACGUACGGUACCCCGCUCG